CUGAGCCUAUUUCUGUGGUAUACAAGCUAGACAGAGAGACAGUGUGUGUGCGUGUCUGUGAAUUUAUUAGCUGUUUUCGAGCAGACUACCUGCUGAUAUAUAAUGGAAGUUUUUUAUGCAUCAGAUCUAGACUUGAAUGGAGAGUAUAACGACAGCUACCCGUAUUAUGAUAAUGAGACACUUUGUUGUGGAAUGGUGUGUGAUCAGGACACAACUAUGCAUUUUGAAGCCAUCUUCAUCCCCAUUUUGUACUCGGUUGCGUUUGUGCUGGGGCUGAUGGGUAACGGCCUGGUGUUGGUUGUGCUGUGCCAGAAGAGGCGGACAUGGAGUGUGACAGACGUCUUUGUCCUACACCUGAGUGUGGCUGACAUACUGUUACUCCUCACCAUGCCACUCUGGGCAGUGGAUGCAGUGAGCGGAUGGAGUUUUGGCACCGGUUUCUGCAAGCUCUCUGGAGCACUGUUUAAGGUCAACUUCUACUGUGGCAUCUUCCUGCUGGCCUGCAUCAGUCUUGAUCGAUAUUUUUCUGUAGUCCACGCAGUGCAGAUGUACUCACGCACAAAACCAUUGCUGGUGCAGCUCAGCUGCCUGGCUGUUUGGGUUUUCUGUUUUUUUCUCUCCAUCCCUGACUGGAUGUAUUUGAAGGCUGAAGGUGACCCCAGAAGAGGCAAUAAAAUUGAGUGUACUCACCAGUACCCAAAUCCAACAUCGCGCCUGGUGUCACGUGUACUCUACCAUGUGUUGGGCUUUUUGCUUCCUGCCAUUGUUCUGGUCUACUGUUACUCUCGUGUCCUGCUGCGGCUGCAGUGUGGAUCUCAGAGUGUACAGAAGCAAAGGGCUGUUCGAGUUGUCCUUGCCUUAGUGAUGGCAUUUUUCAUCACUUGGACACCCUUCAACAUCACCCUGCUGGUGGACACUCUUUACACCAAUCAAAGCAUCAACAGUACUACAACCUGCGAGACCACCACAGCACUGGAUGUUGCCAUAAUUACCACCUCUACUCUGGGUUACAUGCACUGCUGUGUGAACCCAAUGCUCUAUGCAUUUGUCGGAGUGAAGUUUCGACGCCAUCUGCUGGACUUGAUAAAGCCGUACAGAUAUAGGUUGCAGGCCCGUGUGGACACAGUGUCUCGCAAGAGCUCUGUGUGGUCUGCAGACACAUCACAAACCUCAGCUUUCUGAUGGAGCAAUACACAUUCACCUGAAGCGAAUUGCAUUCAUGCAUCUAGAGGUUUGAACACCACAAAAUAUUGAGAAGAAAUAUUAGCUGAAUAUUCUCAGAAAAGUAGGGUCCAAUAGUCUAGUGUGCUACCUAGGGAAGUUUUUAUCAUUCAAACCUAAAACUCUGUCGUCAAGUUAUUUUCCUCAAAUAAGAUCACAUUAACAGUGUGUCUGAAGUGUAUACGUUAUCAUUUGAAGUUGUCAAAGAGCAAAAAAUUUAAGUUUUAAGUGAUGUAUGCAUGAAUAAUAAGUAUAAAACAAUACAUGUUUGGAAUUAGUUCUCUCGACCUGAUGAAAGUUUUUGAUCAUCUUCAGAUCAUAUGGUAAUGACUGACUGGCCUUAUUAAAGUUUUAAUAACGGAUGAAAUAUAGAAACCUCAGGGAAGCACAUGGUUAAUCCAUUUUAAUAGCCAGUAAACUCUUUCUCAGCACUGGUCUAGAAAGGUGUAUACUGUUUAAUCUUGAUUUGAUUAUUUUGGAUGGUUGGAUCGAAAAGCCUUCUGUUUAAUUGCAAAAACUUAAAGGCUCCUUACACAAGUAUACAUUUGUAGAGUAGUCUACCUGUACCAUGGUUUCUCUUCAUUUAUUUUUUGUCAGUAUUAUACUUACUGAGAAACUCAACAAGUUAGUUUCAAUUUAGUGAAAAAGACUGUUUGGUAAAAGUGGAGUAUAGCACAAGUUAACACCCUUUUGCAUGGGCAUGACUAAUUUCAUUACAACCGGAUAUUCAAAAUUGAUCUAUCUGUAGUCAUAGAGGAAAUAGCUGACUGAAUGGUGACACUGCAGAAGAAAAACAAGGGGUUGUACCAUCCAUCUUUGAUCAAAUGAAGAAUGGAGUAUCUUUAUUUUUACAUGUUAUCAGAAAUGUUACGAAAGAUUGAGUCAAUUCAUUUCUGGUAAAUCAGCAUUUUGGGCACAUACCAGUGAAUUUUUUAUUUUAAUUUUUUUUUUUUGCAUAAGCUCAUGGGCAUCUGACUUGACAAGAAUUAGGUGCUAAAUGUAUCAGAAUGUCAUUCUUAAAAAAAUAGUGCAACUAAACCUAUUUCCUUUGCUUAGUCAUAUCAAACAUUUCAUUUAUAAUUAAACAGAUUUACUGACAAUAUUUUAAUCUUUUCAAAACAGACCUGAUUAGUUGCUUGAUGUAGUAUAAUGCUAUUGCAUUUCAAUUCUGUCCUGCUGCAUCAUUGUGCACUUUCAGUUAAACUUGUAAAGGGCAGUAUAACUUAGAUACCUACAGAUAUUAUGUAAAAAUAUGGGCAAAUGUUGCAGCCAGGCCUACUUCUAGUAAUACAGUAUAAAAUCACACUGGCUGUUUCUAUAUAAGAGCUUUUCUAUACGAGAGCAAAGAAGUUUUUUUUUUAAAGAAUCAAAUAGACUAGGUCUGCACCAUUGAUGUAUCUGGUCUUUUAUAUGAACUGUAAUUGUAUUUUCAUAGGGUUUUUUUUU